AUGCAUUUACAGGCUCCAGAAAGAAUUGAGCAGUGUUCUCAACUUUCCAAAAUUAGAACAUCGGAGCAAAGCAGCGAAGUAGUGAAGCCUCCUGAAAAGUCGAUUAAGAAUCACAAUAUACGAGACACAGAAGUGACAGCGUUGAAUAUGGCAAUUGAUACCCUGCGAUGGCAAUUAACACAGACUGAAGCAAACAGACAAAUGCACAUAGCGUUACUUAAGCAGGUAGUGACGUUUCUUAGCAGAGUCAAGGAACAUAUUGAGUGCCAGAGCCCUGAGCCAGGGCCCGUGGAAACUGUGCCUCACAGGGAAGCAUCACCGAGCUCCCUUAGCGUCGACUUGCCACGAUCCCGUUCCGUUUUACACGUCAACAAACACGAAUACUCUUUGAACACCGGCAAAAGAUUGAGCACAAGAAAAAUAAGUAAAUCUAUCAACAACGUGAAUGGGGUCAAAGAUAGCAACAGUGUCUGGAAUCAAUCUAAAUUAUCAUUGUCAUCGGACACAGACAGCUCCCAAAAGAUAACUGAAGAAAUAUCUAGACUGAUCACUCUUGCCAAUACUGUACUCAGUACUAAAAUACCUGAUCUCUCAUGUAAUUGCAGCGAUAGUAAUGAUAUUUUGAAAAAUGAUAGUAUUCCCAACGGUGAUUCUCUUGAACAUAACGAAUCAAAUACAGCUUUAAAUCUUAUAGAUGAGGACACAACCAACGCUUUUAUACUGAACACGAUUUACGACAGCGAAGAUGCUUUUAAUGGGCUUGCAAAUAGAUAUGCAGAUGUCAAAGAUGAAAUAACGGACUUUAUAGUGUCAUCUUCUCCAUUGUCUUGCGGUAUAGAAAAUGACUUCGCUGGUAUUGAUAUAAAUCAAAAGGAUCAAAUGAAAACAACUGAAUCUAAAACACGACCUAUGAAUAAAAGGAACGAGUACAAUCACGUCGCAAAUUUUAUUGAAGACGAAAGUGGAUUUUCUUCAAUGAGUUCGUUCCAAGAGAUAGGUAUACCUAUAAUAAGUAUUAUACCACCGUCCCCUUGUAAAGAAGUAGGCUAUAUCGAGGAGUUUACUAACAUUUUGGAUGGAAAUGAAAAAUGGAAGAAUGAAGGUGUGGACCUGGAUAAACAAUCUGUCAAAGUAUUUUGGGUAUGAUAUAUUUGCUAAUGUACAAAUUCGUGCCUGAUUACGUAAUAAUGACAGUUAAAUUAUUAUUUGUAAUGAGUGCGCAAAUGACUUAUGAUAGAUUUCACAUAAUGAUUGUGUAUUUCUCUUGAAUUCUAGAAAUGUAUUAUAACGCCGUGGAUUUUAUUUCAUGUAAUUGUGUAGUUGUACUUAAACUUUAAUAUUAAUAAAUAAUAACUUUAUG